CUGACUGUCAAAGUAUGUUUCGAUAAAGAUCAGUGUCAAGUUGAACUUCCGGUUUUAGUUGGAACUGAAAUACCUCAAUUCAUCUGUGACCUGAAUGCCAAAUUAGACUUUAACCUUAAAAAUUUCUCUGUAUCUGAAUGGGUGAAGUCUAAAGGUUUAGACCUUGCUAAAGAUCUUACGAAACAAGCUGUACAAGUGUUAUUAGAACAGCUAGGUAUAGCUGACAAAUUGUUGGACCCACCUUGUAGUAGAACCAGUUUAAAAUACCAACCUGCGGACACGAAUAACUGGAAGAAUGAUUGUCCCAAGGUGAAGAAUCUACCAGCUAUCAACGCACCUGUUAAUUGUUAUAUACCUGACUAUUGUACUGGUGUAGAUUGCUGUCUGUAUAAUGAUAUUCUUGACAUGUCAAUUAACGCAUACCUGUAUAUUGACACCUGCAAUUACGUCAUAGAAGGUGCAAUCGAGAAAUUUGGAUUUAAAUUUCCUAUUCUUGAAUAUGCUUGGGGCGAAGAAAAAGAGCAGAAAUUAAGUGAAGUGAUGUUCAUUAGUUUUAAGAUAGAUCGUUUAGUUAACGAGAAGAUAUUCAUUGUGGAUCUCACUGUCAAGAUGUGUCUCAAGGGACCAGAUUCAUGUGAAGUAGAAUUACCAGUGUUUACACAGAACAGAUUACCAAUGCCACUUUGUAACAUGCAGAUGGGAUUCAAAAUAAAAGAUUUCUCACUGAAGAACUGGUUGAAAGAAAGAGGUGGUGAAUUAACAGCUAUUUUAGCCAAUCAGUUAAUGGACCAGCUUGGUAUAACGGAAUUCCUGAAAGACGAACCAUGUAAUUUUGUUAAAGAGCCGUUUAAAACUGCCACAGCAAAUAAUGGAUGGAAAAAGGAUUGUCCCCUGAAUAUGACCCUACCAGCCCUUCCUAGUAAUCUAGGAUGUUAUAUACCUGAUUAUUGUACGGGUAUCAUCUGUUGUACUGAGGUAUCACAGGUUAGACGAUCAUUCCAAGCACAUAUACUUAUUGAUGCUUGUAAUUUCCAGAUGAGUGUUGGUAUUGAGAAAAUAUUCUUUAAUAUCUCACUGGUGGAUUAUGAAUGGGGUAAAGAUGAAAUUAUUGAUAUCGGUGGCUUAUUCAAACUGACAUUCAGUAUAGAUGAUCUACAGGGUGAGAAACAGUUUAUCGUCAAUAUGAGACUUAGUGCUUGCCUCACUGCUGGUGAGAUCUGUCAACUAGAAAUACCUGUAUUCACUGACAUGAGAGUUCCUAAAUUACUCUGUGAUUGGGACGCUACUCUUGCUUUAAAAGAUUUUAAAUUGGACGAAUGGUUGCAAGAACAAGCUGCUAAUAUUGGUGAUAGUUUGACGGAUACCCUGGUGGACCAACUCUUAGAACGACUGGGUGUGGCACCUUAUUUACAAGAUCCUAUGUGUGAUACAGCUGUAGCACCGUACGCUCCCCAACAGAAUGGUUGGAACAUAGAAUGCCCACUGGCCCUGAAUCUACCAACGUUACCAUCUAAGAUAUUCUGUAAUGUACCCGAUUAUUGUACUGGUAUUAACUGUUGUCUCGAGGUACCAUUCCUACGUCGAUCAUUUAAUGCUUUAGCCAGUAUCAACAUGUGUACAUAUGUAUUAACUAUUGGUAUUGAAGAUGUCAAGUUUAAAAAAUCAUUGGUUAAUUAUGAAUGGGGUAAACCAGCUCAUUUCAAUUUACGUGGUGUUAUAAGAAUCGACUAUACAAUAGAUAAUCUAGUAGGAGAAAAACAGUUUUUAUUGAGUAUGAACAUGAGUGUAUGUCUGAGUUCUGAUAAACCAUGUCAAUCAACAUUUAAUCUCAUGAAUAAUGCUCGAAUACCUAAACUAUUCUGUGAUUGGAAUGCAACAAUGGCACUUAAAGGAUUCAAUUUAACUAAAUUUUUAGAAGAACAGUAUGCUAAUAUAGGUGACAAACUGUCGGAUUUAACUUUAUCUAAAUUAUUUGAAGCCCUGGGUAUAUCACGAUAUCUAUUAAAACCACAGUGUGAUCGAAGUAGUAGUGUUUAUUCUCCAGCUAAUGUUAAUGGGUGGAAAUAUGAUUGUCCUGUUACAACAUUGAAUUUUGGUAAACUACCAGAUUAUGUGACAUGCCGUAUACCAGAUUUCUGUACGGGAAUUGACUGUUGUGUAUCCGUUCCUGUCAUAGGACAUUCAUUCAAUGUCAAGGUCUACCUUAACGCUUGUGAUUACACUCUAACUGUAUCCAUCGAGAAUUUGGUUUACAAGAAAACUCUACUCAAUUAUCAAUGGGGUACAAGAGAACAAUUCAAUAUAAAUGGUGUAGUUGGUAUAGAGUUUGUUAUUGAUAAUUUAGAUGGUGCCAAACAAUAUAUGAUCAGUUUAUCAUCUACAUUCUGUUUUGAUUCCAACUCACCAUGUUUAGUGAUACCAGUUCUAGAAAACGCCAAAGUUCCUAAAGUAUUGUGUGAUUGGGAAAGUGACUACAGUAUUAAAGAUUUCUCUCUGGAGACGUGGUUGGCUGAGAAAGGACAGCAAAUUGGAGAUCAGCUAUCAUCUAUUGUUUUAUCUAAGUUAUAUGAAGAACUUGGUAUAGCUGCUUAUCUUAAUGACCCACAAUGUGAUGGAAAUACUGGUGUUUACUCUGGUGCUGUUGGUGGAUGGACAAAUGCCUGUCCAGCUGUAAGUAAUCUACCAAGCCUACCUUCAGAUCUAACGUGUUAUAUACCAGAUACAUGUGGUGGUGUACAAUGUUGUGUAAAUGUAGGACCUCUCAAACGAUCAUUUGAAGCCCUCAUCUUCCUUAAUCCUUGUGAUUUUACCUUCCGGGUUGGAAUUGAGAAAUAUCAGUUUAACAGAAACUUGAUUAAUUACCAGUGGGGAACACUUGAACAUUUUACAUUAAAGAAAUUAGUUCGGGUCGAGUUUGUAAUUGAUGAUCUGAGUUCUGAGAAGAAAUUUUUGGUAAACUUAAAUAUAAGUGUUUGUUUAGAAGCCAAUAAACCAUGUCUGAUUUCUAUUCCUGUUCUAACAAAUGCAAGAAUACCAAAAUUAAUCUGUGAUUGGGACAGUACACUGGCAUUACAAGAUUUUUCUAUAACCAACUGGCUAGAAGAACAGAAACAAGCCGGUCUACAGAAACUAACAUCCACUCUCACAGCUAAGUUAUAUGAAGAACUAGGAAUAGCAGGAUAUCUUCGAACUACACCGUGUGAUAGAACCAAAGAUCAAUUUGCUUCUGCUGAUGUGAAAGGAUGGACAAACGAAUGUCCUUCACCUAAAGUGAUUCCUUACUUACCCGAUCUACCCGAUGCCUUGACCUGUCACAUGGGAUCACGCUGUACAUCUAUAGAUUGCUGUGUUGAUGUUGGUUUCCUCGAUAGAUCUUUCUAUUUUGGUGUGGAUGUGAAUCUGUGUGAUUAUACUAUCACGGCCACCAUUGAGAAUCUCUCCUAUAAGAGAAAACUAUUUAAUUACCAAUGGGGUGAAGUAGACCAUUUCUAUUUAAAGGGAGUUGUCCGAGUAGAUUUUAUAUUGAGCCGAUUACUAGGAGAGAAAGCAAUAGAGAUGAGUGUUAAUAUCAGUGUAUGUAUAGAUAAAGAUAAAUGUCUAUAUGAUAAAUCAGUUAUAGACAAGAAACAGAUUCCACAACCAUUAUGUAACUUUCAACAAUCGUUACUGGAGAACCGAUUUUCGUUGGCAGAUUGGAAACUGAAAGAGCAAUUACCAAGUAUCUCGUCUUUAACUGAUGUGUUGAUAGAUAAAUUAUUAGAAGAAGUAGAUUUAUCAGGAUAUCUCACUGAACCUGGUUGUAAUAGAGAAGCUUCACCUUAUAUACCAGCUAAUGGUAAAAACUGGAAGAAAGAUUGUCCUUCUACCAUCAACCUACCUACGUUACCAGAUACAACCAGAUGUUAUUGGUCAACUGAUUGUUCAACUAUAGAUUGUUGUCUUUAUGUUGGUAUCAUCAAACGAUCGGUUAAUCUCCGUCUUAAUAUAGAUAUCUGUAACCUUCAAAUGACCUUCACCGUUGAGAAAAUGACGUAUACCAUUUCCUUAUUUGAUUAUAAUUGGGGUGAGUAA